AUGUACGCUACUCAGACUAUCCUGGCCACCCUCUUAGCCGCCUCGGCAGUCCUCGCCGCCCCUACUCUCUCUGCCAGUGUCACGAGAUCCUCCGACUGGAGUAUCCAGGGUCUUGCGCGUGAGUGCACUGAAGACAACUCCUCGUGCACCUGGACCUUUGGCAUUUUCGAUGGUUCUGAGACUACUGACUGCACCUACAUCGUGAACGGCCCCGACGCCAGCGGUGGCCCUACCCAGUGUGGCGCCUACACUGUCACCAGCAACUACGUUGGAGAUGCGGAUCCGGCGUGGACGCAAAUGUCCGUUGUCAAGGAUGGUCUUAUCAUUUACCCCUCCUACACUGAUGAUGUCCUUGCCAACCCGCCCGUGGCCGACUUUGUUCAGGCUCCCCAGCCUACCCCUUAG